AUGGCUGAAAUAGCACGAUCUUACCACGAGAACCUACAAAAAGACAACAUGUCCGAACAAGAAGCAGAAAUGAGGCAAACAGAAAUACAAAACACAAUGAGCGAGAUCCCGCAAUCCCAGAAACUAUGGAACGACGACUCACCACUACACAACCUCCUAAAAGAAAACCAUAUCCAGGAAGCCUUGUAUGCCUCAAAGGCAGGUAGCGCCGCCGGAAUAGACGGAAUCCCAUACGAGAUCUGGAAAAACCUACACGAAAAACACAUCAACGAUCAAAAGAAAGAACUACCUAGCUUUAACAUAAUCAAAACUCUCACACUAGUAAUAAACGACAUCCAGGAACAUGGCGUCGAUGACAAUACAGACUUC